CACGUGACGCCGUGCAGUCCCGGUCCUCCUCCUCCUCCGCUAAGCUGACCUCAAUCAGUGGACAUGUAUAUGAAAAUCACUGUCUGCGGUGACAGCCUCCGGUGAAUCCGACCCGGGAGAGAAGACGAGGCCGCUGAGAGGAGCCGUCGAUGCUGGACUCUCUGAUCCGUCAGCAUUAGGAUCUGUGAGGCUGGAAGAGAGAGACGACCGCUCAGUCGUCCAUCGAACCAGCGACAUGAUUGCCUCCAGCGACGUGGACACCCGAGCGGAAGGGACUUUGUUUUCCGACCAGAAUCCAUCAGAAAUGGACGCUCUGUGUCCCUCACCUCCCGGACCAACCAGACCCCAGCGCCACUACGAGAGGAUCGGAGGGCAGACGGGAACUUCGUUCUGUCAGACUCUGAUUCACCUGCUGAAGGGGAACAUUGGGACGGGGCUGCUGGGUCUGCCUCUGGCUGUGAAGAAUGCAGGUCUGGUGCUCGGACCAAUCAGCCUCCUGUUCAUGGGGGUGAUCGCAGUUCACUGUAUGAGGCUGCUGGUCACAUGUUCUCACCACCUGAGUGCAAAGGUGAACCGACCGUCUCUCACCUACGGGGAGGCGAUGCAGCACGGGAUGGAAAACGUGUCGUGGCUCAGGAGACAUUCCCAUUGGGGAAGACGAGUCGUGAACGUGUUCCUCAUCAUCACGCAGCUCGGCUUCUGCUGCGUCUACUUCGUCUUCCUCAGCGACAACGUCAAACAGGUGGUGGAAGCAGCCAACGCCACCACCUUCAACUGCUACAUGAACUACACCAAUCAGACGGAGGUGGUGGUGCCGAGCUUCGACUCGCGCCUCUACAUGCUCUGCUUCCUGCCCGCCAUCGUCCUGCUGGUGUUCACCCCCAACCUGAAAUACCUGGCCCCCUUGUCCCUGGUGGCCAACCUGAUGAUGUCAGCCAGCUUGGUUCUCAUCUACUGGUACUCCAUCACGAACAUCACAGACCCCACCGACCUCCCAAAAGUGGGCAGAGCUAAAGACUACCCCCUCUUCUUCGGGACGGCCAUCUUUGCCUUUGAGGGGAUUGGAGUGGUUCUUCCCCUGGAGAACAAGAUGCACAGGCCUCAGAGUUUCCCCCUGGUUCUGUAUGUCGGGAUGAGCAUCGUCACCUUCCUCUACAUCAGCCUCGGCACCAUCGGAUAUCUGUGCUUUGGAGAACACGUAGUCGGGAGCAUCACUCUCAACCUGCCAAACUGCUGGACUUACCAGGCAGUGAAGCUCCUCUACUGCUUUGGCAUUUUCAUCACCUUCGCCCUGCAGUUCUACGUUCCAGCUGAGAUCCUCAUUCCGCCGGUGCUGGCCCGCGUCUCUGAGAGAUGGGAGAUGGCCGUCGACCUUCUGCUUCGCACCGUCUUGGUCAUCUUCACAUGCAUCCUCGCCGUCCUGAUACCGGAGCUGGACCUGGUCAUCUCGUUGGUCGGCUCCGUCAGCAGCAGUUUCCUGGCACUGAUCUUCCCCCCCCUCCUGCAGCUGGUGACUUUUUACCCUGAAGGCCUUUCGCCCAUGGUGACCGCCAAGAACACGCUCAUCAGCCUGGUGGGUCUGAUCGGCUUCCUCACGGGCACCUACGCCGCCCUGGAGCAGAUCGUCACCCGGAACAGUCUCAAAAACGAUGAGACGUUGUCCUCCUACAUGGUGCACUGAGGAGGAGCUGUGAGGAGGAGCAGCGAGGAGGUGCAGCGAGGAGGAGCAGUGACUCUCCAUAGGUGGGGCUGAACCAUCAGGACAUUCUAGGGCACAUUUUAAGGUUUUGUUUUUCUUCUUUGACCUGCUGCUGUUACACACAGCAGCGUCUUAGGAUCAUUGUCUGAGGUGUUUAGGCCGUGUGACAUUGUGUGACAUUGUGGGACGUUGUGUGAUGUUGUGUGACACUGUGUGACAUUGUGUGACGCUCGAUGUCGUGUUUCAUUCGGUCACCUUCGUACUUCAGUGACCUGCAACUACUCACAUCUCGUCAUCACAGCCUCUUAGCGCAAUUUCAUGAUAACAAAAAGAUGGUUAAGGCUAAAUAAUUCCUUCCUGUACAGAAUCAAGGGUUUUCGAGGUUCAGCCUGAAAAUAUAUAUAUAUAUGUUUUAAAUAUUUCAUUCAGAAAAUCCAACUACCUCACAAACUGGUAUCGAUUUGGUCUUUUAAAAACCUUUCCAAUCCCCUUCAGCCCAAACAGCGUCUCGCUUAGAUCUUCUCUAGUUGAACUAAUCAUGCAGAAAAAAGUUUUUAAUAACAAUCUUCAUGUUGUGUUGCACUUUAACUCAUGCCUUACUCUGCGCUCCAGAACGAGUCUGUGGGUGGUUUAGACACAAAUUGCAAAAACUGUAAAAAGAAAAAUCAGAACAAAACUACCACGCAGUAUAAGGUCACUUAAAUGGAAUAAACACAGGGACUAAGAGAAUAAAGUCAUAAUAUUAAGGAAAAUGUGUUAUUACAAGAUUAGUUUGAAAUCUGAUUAUUAAGAAAAGAGGAGGAGGAAAUGUUUCUUCAUGAUCGACUGAGGUCGUUGGGUCGGUGUCGUAUUCAAAAGCUUUCAGAGUUUUUCAAGGAGUGAAACUCCAGCGAGCACAGAUUCUCCUCGACCCUUUUUCUCCAAAUAUAAGUCACCAUCACAUCACACUUUAUUCUUUGUUGCGACUUUAUUCUUAAUUUUUGUCCCAAUAUUCCGUUUAAAAACAGUGUUGUGUAUCAAAACGUUUCUGAAUAAGAACAUUCAAUCUUUUGCCUUGUGCUUUUCACUUUAGCAGAUCCCGACAGUGAGGUUCUCACCUGCUCGGUCACACUGAGUAAAUCUCACUGACCAAAGGAAACAGAGGAUUUCUCAUCGUGUAAUUCAGACGUGUGUGUCUCAUAAGUACGAUCAUGAUGAUAAUAAGAGCUUCGUCUUAUAAUAACACAAAUAUACAAACUGUAGUUUGGUCAUUUAUCUGUGGAUAUUUAACAGACUGUAAACACGUCUUCUUCUUACUGUACAAAAGUGAAGCCAAAAUAUCUUGGACAUGAAACCAGUCGUGAGCCCACAUUGAGCAGUUGGGUACUGGUCCCAUCCAGGAACAUGGAGGAGGCAGAGUUUAUGACCAGUACUGCAGCCAGCCACCAGAGGGUGAUCCAGAUGUUUUGGCUUCACUUUUGAGGAUGAGUCAUGUCGUCCAUCUUUCUUUCAGUAUCUGGUCGUUUAAAAAGGAAAAAAGGGAAGUUUCUUAAAUGUUGUUUGUCUCAUUUGUUUUUCUUUGUUUAUCCUUGUUAUGAACUUUAAUAAUCAGCCUCAACAUCUGCAUUGAAAAUGCUGCUUUACAGAGGAGAAACUACUGAUUCACGUAAAAUCAAAGGAAAAUAAACAUUUGACAAAAAAUCUAAAAGAAUAUUUAUAUUUUAUUUUUCUCUUAAGUUUUAAAAGCCAGGAAGAAACCCGAUUCGCUGAACCAAACUUUAAUAUAUUUCAGCUUGAACAAGUUCAUCAGUGUUUAUGUGGGACCUCUUCUGUGUAACAAUUUCUUUUUUGGGUUUUCUGUCUUUAAAACUUUAUUUUUAUGAUCUGAUUCUUUUUUUAAAUGUGUUUUUAUGUUUAAAUGUAUUUACAAAGAUUAAUUCUGUAUUUUUAAAUAGUUUUUUAUUCACGCAGCAUGCACCUGUUAGAGCUUAAAACUAAGUUUUAUUUCAUUUUCAUCACAGAGACUCUGCAUGACAUGUAACAUGUAUGUAGAAUAAAACCCGACUUCCCGACGAGCCGGAGGAAUCAGGUUCGUUCACGAGCUUCAGGCGAAACCUGGAACUCGUCACUUUGUCGUUUGUCUUGAAACAUUGUCUGAGAGUCUCGAGUCUCUUGUGUAAAGAUGUUGAUGGUUUGUGUCACGGCUGAAUUAGAUUUGUGUAAAUAUACAACGUGUACCAAUGUAAUCUUUGAUGAGGACGUUCAGUUUCCCUCAGACGACGGAUCUCUUCAACCAGCUCAGCAUUUUGGAAUCAAACAGUUCAGUCCAUCACAGCUUGUCGCUCAGAGUAAAUAACAGUUAAAGUACCAA